AUGAAGUCCUUGUUCGGUUUUCAUGAAACCCUAGAAGUGAUAGAAAACAACAUUUCUGAGCUUGCUCAUGAUGCAACCGAUGUGCAGGAAACUGCACAUAAGGAGGUGAAGAAGAAAGAUUGCAAGUAUGAAUUACUGCAAAGGGGAGAAGAUGAAAAGAUUGCAGGCUAUGUGUCGAACGUGCAGAUUCUCUUCCAUCUCAUGAAGGGUUGUGGUGAAACCUUAACUGAUAAGAUGAUAGUUGAGAAGGCUCAAACAUGGAAGAAGCAUGGUGGUUCCAACAAGUUCAUAGGAAAAAGAGACAAGACUCAGAGUAAGAAGUCUCGGUCGAACCCUCAUAAGCACAAGGUCGAUGAUAGGACUUAUGAAUCCUUGAAAAGAGGAGAAAGAAACACCUAUCAGAAAGACAAAGAAGAGAAAAAAGGUGUGAAGUUCUAUAAAUGUGAAAACUGUAGAUGCCCGUGUGGACUCCAAGAUUCGGUUCCUCGAUCUGGCUGCUCAAACCACAUGAUUGGUCAAAAGGUGUGGUUGGAAGAUUCCGAUGAUUUGAAGAAGAGUAAGGUAAACCUUGCUAAUAAUAGCUCGUUGCAAGCAGAAGGUAAUGUCGACAUAGUUAUUCAAAGGAGUAAUGGAGUGAAAGCUAUGAUUAAAUAUGUACUUUAUGUACCUGGAAUAAAGUACAAUCUGCUAAGUGUUGGACAACUAGUCAAAAAAGGUUUCUCAGUGGUUAUGAAAGAUGGAGCCUUGGAACUGUUCGACACUUGA